ACCGUUAGAGGGCGGGUCGUGCGUAUUCUGAGUUAGAAAUGCUAGAAAGAUAUUUUUGUUUAUCAUGGAGUGUUUGGUGUGAAUCAUUCAUUACAACUUUGAACAGAUCUAGCGAACUUGGUGAUAAGGAGUGGGUACAUCUGAGGUGCAUAAUUGCUUUCCUCUGUGAAAUUUUUUGAGCCCUCAAUGCCUUUUCAAGGAUUGGCAGCAACUGGUUUUACAUACUUUGAUUUUCAGAAUGAAGCAUUUUUAUCUUCACAACUACACUUAUUAGCUUUAAAAGGAAACAUUGAGAACAUCAGAAAAGUUAUCCAGAGUGGGAAAGUUUAUGUUGACACUCAAGAUCAGGAAGGAACAACUGCUUUAAUUCUGGCAUGUGCAAACAAUAACUUUGAAUGUGCCAAAGAACUUUUGAAACAUGGGGCUAAUCCAGCUGCACGUAGAGUAACUGGAACCUCAGCUCUUUACUGUGCAGCCCAAGGAGGUUACUUGGACAUUGUAAAUCUUCUCUUAGAACUUGGAGCUCCUGUUAAUGUAGCUAAUUGGGAUGGAGGAACCCCCCUCAUGGUUGCCUCUCAGUGUAAUCAUUCUGAUGUAGUCAAGGAGCUAGUAGCACAUGGAGGCAACAUUGAGGCAAAAAUGCUGGAUAAAGCCACACCUUUGUUUGUAGCAGCACAAAAUGGACAUACAGAGACAGUUUCUCUUCUUGUCUCUCUUGGUGCGUAUGUGGAUGCAAAAAGAACAGAUGGAGCCACCCCUCUUUGGAUUGCUUGCCAAAUGGGUCAUUAUGGAGUUGUAGAAAAACUCAUUGCACACAAUGCUCAGAUUGAUUGUGUGAAUGAAGAUGGAGCAACACCUCUGUUCAAGGCUUCACACAAAGGUUAUUUAGAGUUAGUUGAACUUCUUGUAAGAAAUGGAGCUUCUUUAGGAUUGCUGAAGAAUGGAGAGUCUUGCCUUCAUGCUGCAGCCCUGUUUGAUCAUUUGAAAGUAGUAAAGUUCUUGAUAUCAGCAGGAGCUGAUCCAGAUCUCCGUAGUCAAGAUGGAGUAACACCACUAGAAUUGGCUCAAGAAGCUCAAAAUGCCCAGGUAGUUAAUUAUCUGAAACGAUUUUCUAAAGAAAGAAAGCUGCCAGACGUUCAGAGGUCCUCAUGAAGAAUGAAAAGAAUCACAUGCACAAACCAAAGAGUUUUAUAAGAUCAGGCUUUUUAUUGAACCUUGUGAUGGAUACAAAGAUUGGUUUGUCACUGUUACCUACGAAACAAAUAGGUUAGUGUAGUGGUCCAGCUGUGAAUCUGUAUAUCAAUUACAUUAGAAGAGAUAUUGUCCUAGCUAUUUAGAAGAUCAGGUUAUUGGAAACACCAAACCUUUUUUAUGAGAACUGUGUAGAAGAUGAUACUCAGAAACAUUUGUCGAACACCAGGAAAUCUUCUCUUAUACUACAUUAAUUUACUUUGUUCAUAAAAUAUCUAAUUUGUCAAUAUCCUUCAUUCUUUGUGGUCAACCAAAAAAAAAAUUAAGUUAUCGUAAAUUUGGAAAUUAUUCUUAGGGACAAAAUGCAGACUGUCAUAUUACUGAAUUGUUAGAAAAUGUUUAGAUAAGUCAUUUUAGAGACCUUGUAUUGGUUUUUCUGAAAGGUCUUCUUUUAGUUUUUUGUAUAUAUAAUUUAAGGGAAACAAGACACUUGCUCAAUCUUCUAGCCAAUCCCAUCCACUAAACUGAACUUUAAAAUAUAAAUAAAGCAUUCGAAGUCAGCCAUUAUCAUUCAAAUAUUUAUCAAACCUUUUCCUUAAAUUUAUUGCAUCCACCACAUCUGAAAGAACUUAUUCGAAAGACCAAGUGCUCUUUAGGAAAAAUAAAACUGUCUCAACUGAAGAUAACUCCUACUCUGCCAAAAUUUGUAUUUUUGUCCUCUAGUCCUUCCAUUUUCACCAUCAAGUA